UCGGGACCCCAGAGCGUGAAGCGGCCGCCGUCCACUUGCUGGUAGCCGUGCCAUCUCCGGUGAUUCCCGAUCUCCGCGCCGGCGGAGAAGCACUCGGGACAGAGCUCGAUGUCCGCGCACUCUGUGCAGCGCAGCCGCAGAUUAUCCCUGGAAAAUGGAGGAGCAGUCACUUAAGGAAACGGGUUCUGAUGUGAAGACCGAAGAUCCAGAUGUGGCAGAAGCUGGAGACCCCUGGGACAGUGAAGACCUGACUAAACCCGAGGAGGAAAGCCGUGCAGAAGAAACAGAAGCCCAAGCAAAAGUAGUAGACGAGGAGACAGAGCAGGUAGCAGGUGAUGAGAAUAAAGAUAACCUGCCAGAACCUGAAGACGAUGUUGAAGCUUCAGUGGUAGACGAUGCACCAGACACUAGUGAUGAUUUCCAAAAAGAGAAUGAAGAAGAAAAGCCUGAAAACCAAGAGGAAGAGACGAAGAGCGUAAAAAUGGAAGAUGAUCAGAGACCAUGUACAGCCGAUUUUCAAGAAAACCUUGAAGUGGUCUCUGAGGACGAGCAGAAGCUUCUUCAAGAACUCCAAGCAGAACAUGAAAAGCUGAGUCAGCUCAAUCACCAACUCCAAAAUAAAUUGUCUGAAUACUUUCUACUUGAAUCGGGCACUAAACUUAAUUUAUUGCAUGGGAAAGUUUUUACCAAAGAAGAUUGUCUUCAGAAGUACCCAGGUAUUCUAGAGAAAGUUAAGAGAGAGAUGGAGCACAAAAGGCAGAAGCAGCUAGAACAACACCAUGUUGAUGAACUGAAUCGGCAGAAUGACGAGAAGCUGGAGCAAAUCGAACGCGAGCAGAGCAUGCUGGCAUCAACUGAGCGUGAAAUGCUCAUUACAUUUCUGGAGCAGGCGAUGGGCAAGACGGAGGCCCAAGCUGAGGCUGAGCGUCUGCUGAUGGCAGCACAGGAAUGCGAGGAUGAGUAUGUCUCUGUUAGGCAGGAGAACUUCAAGAUGAAUUCAAAAGUGCUUAAUUUGGAAGCAGGACUCCAUGCCAGGGAAAGGGCUCUAGAUGGAGACAUGCACAAGAUAGACUUCGAGCAGCUACAAAUUGAGAAUGAAACCUACAAAGACAAGCUGGAAGAGUGCAAGGAAGAUCUGAUUAAGCUUAAGAAGAUGAUUCCUCACAACGACCAGAUUCUUAUGCAUUUUAAAGAGAAGCUGAGGUUCAAUCAGGGGGUAAACCAGACAAAGCGAGCCCGUUUUGAUGAACUGGAGGCUUUGGUGCUGCGUGAGCAUCAAACACUGACGCAGAUAAUGCAAGCACGGGAUGUCCUGCGCUUCGACAAUCUGCAUAAGCGCCAGGACUGUGGCCUGCUGGGAAAUCCCACACUGCUCCGGGACCUUGAGGACACAGAGGAUGAGCGUGAGACACUUGAAAGACAAGUGGAGAUGCUAAAGAGAAUCUGAAGAGACACACAAAACCAAACUGCUACAUAGACACCUACAAGCCCCUGUAGCAUAACGGCAGGAACACAAUAACAUGGAGGCCCAUUUUAAGAAUUGUUUUUUAAGCAGUUUAUCAUUUUGUGUAACAAAACCGUUCACUUUAUUAAGUUUCAUCCACACCACAGCGUUAUGUUUUUUUCUUAUUUGUUAUUUGACUGAAGAGGAAAAUGUGAAAAAUUGCAGAAAUAAAUACAUCUUAAUGUUGACUUUAUAUAU